GAUAAAUAGUCUGCAUUAUGGAUGUUCUUUCUGAGCGGGCUGUGAUGCCAAUUGGCACCCCAACGCGCUUAUCACCAGAUCACAGUCAACAUGAACCUGUCAUUAACGUACCGCGUCCAUCAUCUGACAGAUCUCAGGAUGUAUCUCAUAUACUUGCUGGUGUAUUUCAUGAUCUUUACACCAAAGAAGUAAUGAGCAAAGAAACAGUGAAUAACUUGACAGUUUCAGGUGAUGGAAGUACAAAGUUUCACAAGAAGUGCAUGAAUCAGCUGCAUCAGGUGCACUUGGACCAUAAAAAAAAACUGGAGGAAUUUAAUGCUGUUGAACGUCAAAUUAUGCAGGCUCGAGCUCAAGCUGUAUCAGCUGAUGAGCGUGCAUUGAAUAAGUUGUCUUCACCAGUGGGUUGUGAAACUUAUGAAAAGCUGGGUCUUCCUUCAGGUAGUGGAUCUAUACUGUCUAUGUAA